AUGGAUACUAUCAUGGAACGCAAGAGGCGAAGAUCGUCCAUGAUUGAAAUCCUGCUGCCUCCGGAGUUGGUGGUGUCGAUUGCCAUGUGGCUGGAUGUGGAGGAUUUUGUGCAAUUUCAGAGUUGCAACCAACAAACUUGCAGGCUUCUCAAAGAAUCUAUACCGGAGUACAUUCGACAGCGGACAUCAAACGAAGAUGUCCAUACUCUACCACAGCUAGCGCUAGUUCUCAAGCUAUCAAAAGGAGGAUUCCUGAAGGAGAACCGAAUCGGUUUCGACUACGCCAGUGCAGAGAUUGCUAUGGACAGUAGUGAUGAUGAUAGCGACAACAGCAGCGAUAAUGACAUAGACACCAUCGAAAGGUCUAUUCGAAGCACAAAAGUGAGAGGUUCUCUAGAAAGAAUCUACCUGAUAAGCCAUAUGAUGACCAUUUUUCCAAGCAUGACAGUUCGAGUGGACGCACACUGUGGCACUAUUGCGCCUUCUGGAAUUGCAGAAAACUUUUCGAGAACCCGAGGAAUAGCAGUUCAAUACGCAUUGGAAAACUGCUUUGAUGAUAUUUACGAGGGAAAUGACAUUGAUGUCACUGAUCGAAUCACUGUGCAGCCCUGGGGUCGGCGUGCAGCGCUUGCAGUUGCUUCGCAAACGAGUCAUCCCUUUGGCGAUCUUGCUCGCCACGGAAAAGGUUGGGUCGAAAUCUAUGUGGAUUUGGAUGGUAUGCAAUUGCCAUCUCGCCCUUCCUUUUACAAUGGUUUAAGUCCAUACCCCUCUCAAUCAUGGUUCUAA